AUGGAUGUAGAAGAAGAAGUACAUGAUUUGGACAGCAGACUUAGAAACUUGAAGUAUCUAAAGGAAAAGUUGAAAGUGAACUUAGAAAAUAGUGCCCUAAGACAGUUGGUGGAAAAUGGAUUGUGCAGGUCUGAGUAUAUGUGUGAUUUCUACCAAGGCUGUUGUGAUUCUAGCAAGGAAGUAUUUAUUGGUAUACUAGAUGAACAGCAUCUCGGUAGCGAGUCCAGUUAUAGUAAGGCCUUACAGUCCAAUUGGAAUAAAUUAAUGCACAGUUUAAAUGGUAACAUCGAUAGCAUCCAGCAUCGCUUGAAAGCUCAUUAUUUGGAUUAUUUUGGUUUGGCUGUACAAGAGAAGGAUGAUUUUGGCAACACUAUUAGACAGGGGAGAGUCAUAGUGCCUAACAUAACUGUAGAGCGGUAUCAUUCAAGCUGGGAGUUGGUGGAUGGUAAACCCGUGGAGAAGGAUGUGAACAACGUUGUGGUGCAGGUAGAAUUGGGUCAUGGGUUUGAUAGAGCGAUUGCUUUGAAGGGAGCGGCUUUGGAGAUACUAAAUUGUGCCAACCCAGCGAAAGUAUUGGUCGCUAAAUUAUUAGAUAGUACCACUAAUUGUCAAUGGAAGUUGGUUGAUUGCAUUCGACGAGUUAGAUCGUUCAUUAGGUCGUUUGAUGUAGGAUUGGUGUUGUUAAGUAUUUUCAAGGACAGAGUAUUGCAAGAUCUGGCUGAAAAUGAUGUUAGUUGGGCAGGUUUGUUAAACACCGAUGAGUUACCGUGUAAUUGGUUAACGAAGUUUUACCGGCGACGCAUGAAAACGAUAGUGUGGCGGAUCAGUUUAAAUGAUUAUCUUGAUUUUAUGAAUGGUGUGGACUUGGAAAAAGAACCGUACAAGCUAUCCCCCAGACAUCGAAGGGUGGUAAGCGUGUUACAACAAGGGAAGAAGACUCCAAAGGAGUAUGAGUCAUUAGUAUUGGGCUUGUGGAGUGCAGAGAAUACACGUUGUAAAAUAACAUACUCAUACGUCACUUCUGGGUAUAGUACGUUGGUUCUGGAUUUAUGCAGUGAUACCAGUGUCGUGUUGGAGUACCAUGUCCUGGAGGUAGGGGGAAAUAGAGAAGAUGGAGACAUAGUCAUAGAUAUUGAAGACUGUGAUACUGAGUGUGAGUUCAACCCUGCCUUAAUCAAUGGUCGAUGGGCAAAAGAGAUUGUUACUCCGGGUCUCAAUUAUAAACAGUUGAAAUACAAUAGGAGUAUGUUAGGAAUGAUAUGCAUGGCCACUGAACAGCGAAGGGGUAUGAAAGUGGGCUUAAUGACUGGACUGGAUGAUAAGGUCAUAAAGGAUGACGGUGACGCGGGACUGAGUUGGGGUGUCCUAGUGCAGAUGAAUUUGCUUGAGUACAUUGAUUAUUUUGGGAAUGGAUACACCGCUCUUAGAUAUUCCUCUACAGCAAGAGUAAUAGAUGUGCUUGAUGUAAGAAGAUUAGUGUCAAAAGCAAUAACAAGUAUGAGUUCCUGA